GCGUGCGCCAUAUGCUGAAGAAUGAUCCUCAACAUUACGAGCCUACAGUGUUUGUAUCUAGCGCUGAACAUCAAGAUUCUCCUGACGUUCAACUUCAAAGCUUUCAACUCAACAACUCCGCGUUAGAUUCAUCUAGCGCCCCAUUCACCGGUAUAAUAGUAUUUUUUCAGUUCUAACGCCCCACUAUCCAUGGAGCUCAUAUUCUCCAAAGACUGUCCCCGAAACGCGACUCUCUCACUUCCCACCGGCCAGCCCGUCUACUCAAUAUCCACCCCAGACCGAUGGAUCGAACAUCAACAGACGACGAUAAAAAAAUUCCAUCCUAGAACAUCAUUACCACACGACAUGGGUGUCAUCGUGAUUCACGAUUGGAACAAGAAGAGUGUGGUUGAAGUCUGGGGAAGGAACGUUCUUCCGAAGAGUGCUGGGGUUUUCAAGAAGGGGAGAGCUUUCACAGCCUCAAACGGCCAGCAAUACACAUGGAAGCGCAAGCCGGAUGCAGCACUGCUAACCGACAAAUUCGACAACACCUUGGCCAUUUAUGACACCCGCCACCUCAUUAAUAUGUUCAGCCCCAAAGAUCCAACUCCAGCGAAAUUGACGAUCGCACCUGCUGCUGUGGAACUCGCCGAUGAGAUUGUUGGCACUUUUGUGUACUUUGAACAACAGGAAAGACGGGCACAACGUAGGAGUGCUGCCCUCAGUAGUUUUCCGGUCGCCACCGUUUGA